CAAAGAGAGCUUUGCUUGAUGUGUCAAUGGGGGAGGAGAAAGGCAGAUAUCACCUCCCCCACGACUCCACAGCCUCUUUAAAACGCGCGGCUCUUAUUCACACUGACAGCAGAGCCAGUUUGCUCUUAUUCACACACCCACUAAUUCUCACUCAGAGUUAAUCUUCUGACAAAGAUCUGCAACAGCCCAUACAGAGAACUGAAUUACUAUUCAUUGUUCUAGUACGCUAAACACUUUCCAGAAGACAGAACUACAAAAUCAUUAUAUCAUCAAUAUAAAAGUACCAGUUUUCAGCCAUGGUGCUGUUUGAGGAUCAAGAAUGUGGGGUCUGUUACCUGCGUUACUCUCGGCUCGACCGCGUUCCCAGAACUCUCCACUGUAACCACACAUUCUGCACGCCCUGUCUGGAGAUAAUGGGGCUGCAUUACAGCAGCCUGCGCACCAUUCGCUGCCCCCUCUGUCGUCAGGUGACUUGUCUGGACCGUGGGGUCAGCUUGCAGGAGGCUCUUUUUGUCAAUAGCCAACUGUGGGACAACAUUUGUGAUGAACAGGAGGAGGAAGAGAACGAGAGACAGCAGGAAAAGGAGGAAGAGGGGAAAAACUCUAAUAUACAGGAGCUGCCCUCAUCACAGGCUGAAUGUCCAGUGCCAAAACAAUACAGACCUAAAUUCCGACUCCCAUCUUUCCUGAAGAGAAUUACUUUUUCCAGACACCCUGAAGAAAGGAUUGUUCCCACCUGCAAUGUACAAAUGAUGUCAUGGCGAAGGAUUUCAUCAGAAGAGAUAUUCUGAAAAGCAAGACAGACAUCAACAGUGGAUUAACAAUAUCAACAAUAGACUUUCGCCGUCUGUUUUGCUGCUGACAUUAAAAGUGUUUGCCAUGUGCUAAUUAUGCCUGGCGUACUGAAAAAGCAGGAGCAACAGUCGGCCGUGGACAGGGUCCUUUAAACAAACACAAUCCCCUCCAUGUGCUUCUCCGACUGCAUUUUCCACUUGAAUAGCUACAAGCCUGCAUCCCGCUCCUCCAUCUGAGGGGAGCUUCUCAUUAGAUAUUCCACCCUUAAUCCAUCCCAGCUGCUGAGGCCGGAUUUGUUUCAGUUGUCCCGAGAGGGAGAGGGUCCCAGAUGCGAAGCAAGACUUUUGGAGCAGAUGGCAUCUCGUGAAAGAUUCUGACCACCCCCUGUGUCUCAAAUAGACUAUUUAAGUUAUUUUAAUAUAACUUUGCUAUUUAUGUAAUUUAUUAAUUACUGUAAAUAAAAAAUUUUGAUUGCUAAA